GCGCUGCCCCCAUUGGUGCAGAGUGAUGUCAAUCACUGGUUACGCCCAAUAGCGGAGGCGGUCGAACCGAGAGGGCGUUACCCCCGCUGAAAACCGUAUCCCGAACUUUCCCUCAGAGCGGCUCAAAUCCCAAAGUAAAUGUCCGCUUUCUGAUUUAUUUCCAUUUCCCUCCGAGGGAAGUUGGGGCGUUUGUGAAGCGUCUCCUGCGGCCGGAGUCUGAUGUGUCGCUGAGAGUUAAAGUUAGACCUGAGGUGAGAGAUUUAUUGGAAGAAAAGCCCACAACUGGAAGCAAACCACGACUGAAGACAAGGGAACAGCAACAAGUGAACCAGCCCGAGGACUGAGAGCACCAACUGGAGAGAACCCUUCUGACUUAGGGUUUCCAUCGAUUCAGUCAGGAGAAAGUCUGAUCAUCGCCAGCAGGUGGGGCUUUCUUCCACCCGGACGGCAGACACGCAGCAGACAAUCAAUCAACGUCAUUCAGAGUCAGAAUGGACACAGAUCUGAACUCUGCAAUCUCCGCCUUCCUGUCAAAUUGCGAGGAUCACCACCUGUUCCAGUUGACGAGAUUCUACAUGGAGCGACUGGAGCAGGCGAUUGAAGAGGGAGUGGAGGGAGUCGGCUUCAUGUUAAUGGCCGAGGAUCACUUCACCGGGCCAGAGUAUCACAGCGUGACUGAGCUGGCGGAGAAGGGAAACCGAGCGGGCGCUUCCAAACUCCUCCUGGAUCUGGUGAUGGAGAAGGGCUCCGGGGCCCGGAGAGUGAUGUGGGAAUCCUUUGUGAAACUACAUCACCAUUUACCGAAGCUGAGCAGAAUAUUGGAUGAAAUACGGGAACGUGGUGACGACCAUUUCGCCUACAUGGACACUGAACGGGGUUUAUCUGAAGUGCCCGCGCAUCUGAAAGAUGUUCAACAGAAACACAAGGAGACUCUGCGGGCACAAACUGAAACACUGAGAGUCAACACGAUCCUGAUGAGGGAGAAGGUGAAGGUUUUCCAGCUGGUUGAUCGAUACGCUGAGCUCACGGUCAUUUCUACUGUUCGAGAUCGGAGACUGGUGGAACAUGAGCUGCUGGCAAGAGGCAGAGACCACGAGGAGUGGAGAGAGAAACAUCUCCGCGGACACCUGGAAAAAAUCCGGACUGAUCAGUUAUUCAUGAGGAGUUUUCUUAAAAAAUUUAAAAGAUCUAACAUGGAAAAAAAAUCCGGGAUGACCACAGCGGUAGCUGGCGUUCCAGGGAUCGGGAAAACAACAAUGGUGCAAAAGAUUGUUUAUGACUGGGCCAACGGGAAAAUAUACCAACAAUUCCAAUUUGUCUUCAGUUUCAAAUUCCGGAAUUUAAACUCCAUUAACUGCAGAAUAAACCUGAAGGAACUGAUUCUGGAUCAGUAUCCUUACUUUGGGAAUAUCCUGAGAGAGGUCUGGAAGAACCCAGAGGGAUUGCUGUUUAUAUUUGAUGGUUUGGAUGAAUUCAACGAAAAAAUCAAUUUUGCUGAAAGCCGGAGAGACACAGAACCUCAGUCCACAUGCACAGAUCCUGAAUUCAAAUGCAAAGCGUCCGAUAUUGUGUACAGUUUAAUCCAGCACAAGCUGCUCCCAGGGUGUUCAGUGCUGGUGACUACACGCCCCGCUGUGUUACAUUUAUUGGAAAAGGCUGAGAUUAAUAUUUGGGCUGAAAUCCUGGGAUUUGUUGGUGAGGAAUGGAAGAAGUAUUUCACCAGGCAUUUUGAAGAUCGGACAGUAGCAGCAGCUGUUUUCAAACACGUGAAGGAGAACGAGAUCCUGUACACCAUGAGCUACAACCCCUCCUACUGCUGGAUCCUCGCUCUGGCCCUGGGCCCCUUCUUCACAAAAAGAGACAGCAACCCUCAGCGAGUUCCCAGGACCAUCACCCAACUAUAUUCCUACUAUAUUUACAACAUCCUGAAAAACCACAGCCGUGAGAUUGAGAACCCCCGUGAUGUGUUACUCAGGGUUGGUCAGAUGGCCUUCAGAGGAGUCUCCGGGAGGAAGAUAGUGUUUACAGAUGGAGAUUUGAUCAAGUACAAUCUGCAGCCUUCCCAGUUCCUGUCUGGGUUCCUGAUGGAGCUUUUGGACAGAGAGGAUUCUGCCCGGAGCGUGGUUUACACAUUCCCACACCUCACCAUCCAAGAGUUUGUAGCUGCAGUCGCACAAAUCCUGAAUCCACAUCCUGGGGAUAUCCUGAAAUUCCUCACUGAAGCCCACAGCACGACAGAUGGGCGAUUUGAGGUAUUUCUCCGUUUUGUUGCUGGUCUCUCCAACCCAAUGACAGCUCGGGGCCUGGAGGAGUUUCUGGGUCCAUUUCCUCAUCAAACAACCUGCCGGGUGAUUGACUGGGUGAAGGAGGAGGUUAAACGCCAGAGUGGAAACACAUGGAGUGAAGCUGGUAAAAGGAGCCUCUUGAACACAUUGCACUACCUGUUUGAGUCUCAGAAUCGUGGACUGGCUCAGGCCGCACUGGGAUCUGUAGAAACACUUUCAUUCAGUGGAAUGACACUGACCCCGAUUGACUGUGCGGUCGUGUCUCAUGUCAUCGGACUCUGUGAUACAAUAAAAUACCUCAACCUGGACAACUGCCACAUUCAGUGUGAAGGAUUCCAGCGGCUGGGACCCGGGCUGCACAAGUGCCAGGAGUUGGGACUGAGUUAUAAUAAACUGGGAGAUUCAGGAGUGAAACUGGUGUCUGCGGCUCUGAGGAACCCGGAGUGUAAAAUACAGAAACUGGGGCUGUGGGGUGUCGGUCUCACAGAUUCUGGUGCUGCGGAUCUUACCUCCGCUCUCAGUACAAACCCAUCACUGACGGAGCUGGACCUGAGUUAUAAUAAACUGGGAGAUUCAGGAGUGAAACUGGUGUCUGCGGCUCUGUGGAACCCGGAGUGUAAAAUACAGAAACUGUGGCUGAGGGAAGUCGGUCUCACAGAUUCUGGUGCCAAGGAUCUCGUCUCUGCUUUCAGGACAAACCCAUCACUGACAGUGCUGAACCUCAGUUGGAACUCGCUGACAGACCGAUCUGUCCCUGCUCUCCGCCGCCUCAUACUGACCCUCCCGAGUCUGCAGCGGAUCGAGCUGCUGGGGAAUAAAUUCAGUGAGACUGGGAGGAAGGAACUGAGAUCUCUGCAGGAACCCAGACCUGGACUGACCGUGCAUCUGUGAACAUCAGAAUGCGUGAACAUCCGAGUUUCAGACACAGAGUGAAGCUCCCUCCACAAUGUCCCAUUCCACACUCCCAGGGUCAGACACAGAGUGAAGCUCCCACCACACCGUCCCAUCACACACUCCCAAGGUCAGACACAGAGUGAAGCUCCCACCACACCAUCCCAUCACACACUCCGGGGGUUGGACACAGAGUGAAGCUCCCUCUACACCGUCUUAUCACACACUCCCAGGGUCAGAUACAGAGUGAAGCUCCCACCACACCGUCCCAUCACACACUCCCAAGGUCAGACACAGAGUGAAGCUCCCACCACACCGUCCCAUCACACACUCCGGGGGUUGGACACAGAGUGAAGAUCCCUCCGCACCAUCCCACUGGGAGGAGAAGAUGGCGGCACGAUGCAGCGCACAGCGGCCACUCCAGUGGUGAUGUCUGUUAUCUAUCAAGUAGGGUGCCGUGCACAAUCCUGAUUUGAUGGAGACAGAUGUGAGAGCACAGCGGAACAUCUGUUGAAAAUUCUGAAAUCCCUGCUUUGCUGCCACUGCUACUGUGCGAUCAAGAAUCUCCAGAGGGGAAGUCCCGAAAUCCUCAGCUUUGCUGGGGCUGGGGUCGAAGCGCUUGGUGCUCGGUGUCGGAGGGCUGGUCGGAGGCUUGAAAUUUUCGGACGGACUCAGAGUCCGCUGUGGUUGGGUGCUUCCAAUAGUGCUGAAUCGACAAGUUUGCAGUGCUUGGAGGUUCAUGGCAGGGAGAGUUUCUCCCUUCUACCGUCUGCGUGAGAUGUUGGGGCUAUUGGGACUUUGAGACUUUUUUUUUUACCGUGCCCAUGGUCUGCUCUUUAUCAAAUUACGGGAAUGCUUGCGCUGUUGUAACUAUAUGUUAUAAUUAUGUGGUUUUGUCAGUUUUAGUCUUGGUUUGUCUUGUGUUUCUUGUGAUAUCACUCUGGAGGAACAUUGUAUCAUUUCUUAAUGCAUGCAUUUCUAAAUGACAAUAAAUGAGGACUGAGUGUCCUCAUAA